CCCUUUCACACACAAGCAAAGCCAGCUUGUGUUAUGGCAGGGGCUGCACGGUGGCAUUCAUCAUAUAGUCGUUGCAUGCUACGCUCCCUGACUGCUCAGGAGACACACAGGCAGAUCUGAGGACAGACUGCAGCAGGCAGGGAGGGAAAGGCCUUCAGGAUCAAAACGUGGAGGAAACAGGCUGAACAUGUCACAAGGAAAGAGUUUACAACAUAAAAUGACAGAGAAUGGAAUUAAAGCAAAGCUCCCUUAUGCGGUGGAAACCCCUUAUGGCUUCCAAAUUGACCUAGACUUCUUAAAAUAUGUGGACGACAUUGAGAAAGGCAACACCAUCAAAAGAGUUCCAAUUCAGCGCCGAAGUAAAGGACCUCGUGCCAGCACUCUGCCCAGGCAGAUGAACUCUUCAGAGGGAGGCUGCCGUCCAAGCUUCUGGGGAUCUGUGGGGGCUCUUGCCCCUCUUUUAGAUACCCAUCAUCAUGGCGACGCUUCUUAUGCUUAUAAUAGAAGGACACCUUUGUCUCCCAUGAGCCUAAGAUCUCAGUCUGAAAUGGAGGUCAAAAUCAAAGAUUUUGAUGAGCACCCUCUAAGAGAACACAUCAGGCCUCAUCUGCAGGCCUCUAGUUUACCACAUGCAGUGAUACCAAGACAGGAUUCAGAGUCCACAGAUGACCAGUGCAGCCUCUGGAGCUCAAGGAAUCACUUGGGAGGAGCCGACACCUCAUGUGAAGAUGUCUUCCAGUCUUCAGACAGCCCUCAUCUCCAAGAUUGCUCAGGACUGCUGAGGCGCCUGACUGAAGCCCUUGAACGUGUGGCGGAGCUCGAGAUGGAAGUGAGGGUUAUCCCUGAGCUCAGGGCUCAGAUCUGCAUCCUCCAGGAGGAAAGAGAGAGGCUAAGCCUGGGCCUGGGUCCACAGGUUUCUGUUUCCAAGAUGAAUGGAACCACAGAGCCAUCCCUUUGUGCUUCCUAUGACAAAGUGGACAUCAAAAGGUGGCACAAUGUCACUGAGGAUGUUUUAAAUCCCAAACAUGAGUGGAAGAAAAGUACAGAUCUGGAUGAGCUACUGACAGUGACAUCCCUGCAGGCCAAAGUGGCUGUGCUGGAACAAAAGCUCACUGAUACUGAGCUGGAACACCAGAGAUUGGAGGGGCUGCUGCGGGAGCAACAGGAUGAGAGCAAGACAAAAGCUAAGAAGAUAGAGCAUCUGAUUAAGAAUCCAGCAGUGUGGGUGCGUGCAGAGAGAGUUGUGGUUGACCAGGACGAGGAUGAGACAGUGGUGAGAUCGACUGAACCAUCUUGUAAUAAAGCAUUGUUCUUCAACUGUACAAGAACGGAAACCUCAAAUGUUCAAAAACAUCAAGACUCAGUAACAUCUACUGAAAGUUUGGUAUCUGCAGCGGGGGCACACACAGAGGAGAUCAUUCACCACAUUAAGAAGAUCAAGAGACUCUUGAAUGAGCAGUGGGAGGGUGUGUGUGGAGGUUCGAGAGAUAAAAGUAAAGUCCUACAACACCCUGAUCCUAAAGUCAACUCCAUGCAGCAUGAGAUGAUGGAACUCAUUGACAUCCUUAUGUCUCAUUAUAAACAUCAUGGAGAUGAUGAUGCCUCUAAAUCCACCUCGAAGAUAAAUGGAAGUGUCCAGAAGUUCAAAAUCCUGCACUCAGAACCUGCUAAUGAAGGGUUAAAGAAAGCUCUGGCUAAAUUGUUUGAACACUGGUUCAGCGCUGCAGCAGAGGAGUCGUCUGAGGCCUGCAGGGUGGCUGCGUACAUCAGUGAAGUAAGGAGAGUGGCACCGUCACUUCUGACCUUCCUCAUCAACCUCCCAGAUGACAAUGGUAACAUGGUGCUGCAUUACAGCGUGUCAAACUGUAACUACAGCAUUGUUAACCUGCUGCUGGACACAGGUGUGAGUGACGUAAAUAUUCAGAACAAUGCCGGCUAUACAGCAGUGAUGCUGGCCUCCCUGACUGUUCCUUAUGAGCCUGGUGGGAUGGAGGUAGUCCGGAAGCUAAUGGAGCAGGGAAAUGUUAACAUUCGCUCCAGCCAGACAGGCCAAACAGCUUUACACUUGGCAGUGAGACAAGGCCAGGUUGUUAUGGUCCGGCUGUUGCUGAGCUGCGGGGCAGAUGCUAACAUACAGGACAAGCACGGAACAACAGCCCUCAUGUUAGCCUCUGAGAGAGGCCACACGCACAUCGCAAGGCUGUUGCUGGAAAGAAGCCAAUGUGAUGUGAUGGCGUUUGACAAGCGGGGUCAAACUGCACUCUCUAUUGCCAUCCAGUGUUCCUACUCUGACACUGCCGCCCUGCUGCAAGCCCACAUUAAAGAUCGGGUUCUGUAGGGCUGAAGACUUGGAAAACAUUUGUAAAUGAAGUAUCUCCUUUCCCACUCUGUUUGGAGCACUUCUAAACACAGAUUCAACAGCUUCUUUCAUGGGAAGGAUUCUAAAACAUCUGCAUGAGCUUUGGCUGGACAGGCCUCACGAAAAUAAGAAUGUGAACAUGCUGAAAGGACUAUGUAUUGUCAUCACUGUAUGUGUCCAUAGAAUGAUGAAAUGUGUGCUCUGCAUUGAACUCAUCAAGCGUAAUAUACACCCAACUGGAGCAAUGAGCAGCUAAUGAAGCACCUAGGGAGGAGUUAGGGA